ACUCCAGGAAACAAUGGAGAAACUUACUUGGCUCGCAUCUGAAAGGCGCAUGAGCCAGGAGGGUGAGUCUGAGGAAGAGAACUCCCAGGAAGAGAACUCUGAGCCUGAGGAAGAAGAGGAAGAAGAAGCAGAAGGAAUGGAAAGCCUGCAGAAAGAGGAUGAAAUGACAGACGAAGCGAUUGAAGACCCUGCCGAGAAGCCUCCUACCACCUUUGCCUCCCCCAAGACUGCUCCAGAGGUGGAGACCAGCAGGACCCCACCAGGAGAGAGCGUCAAAGCUGCUGGAAAGGGCCGGAGCAAUCAUCGGGCUCGCAACAAGCGGGGGAGCCGGGCCAGGGCCAGCAAGGACACCUCCAAGCUGCUGUUGCUGUAUGAUGAGGACAUCCUCGAGCGGGACCCACUCAGGGAGCAGAAGGAUUUGGCCUUUGCUCAGGCUUAUCUGACCAGGGUACGAGAAGCCCUGCAGCAUAGCCCUGGCAAGUACGAGGACUUCCUUCAGGUCAUCUAUGAAUUUGAGUCUAGUACUCAGAGGCAGACAGCCGUGGAUCUCUACAAGAGCCUGCAAAUUCUGCUCCAAGACUGGCCUCAGCUGUUGAAGGACUUUGCUGCUUUCCUGUUGCCCGAGCAAGCUCUGGCCUGUGGAUUAUUUGAGGAGCAGCAGGCUUUUGAGAAGAGUCGCAAGUUUCUCCGGCAGCUGGAAAUUUGCUUUGCAGAGAACCCCUCACACCACCAGAAGAUUAUCAAGGUCCUCCAGAGCUGUGCAGACUGCCUGCCCCAGGAGAUCACUGAGCUCAAGACACAGAUGUGGCAGCUCCUCAAGGGCCAUGACCACCUACAGGAUGAGUUCUCCAUCUUCUUUGACCAUCUGCGCCCAGCAGCUAGCCGGAUGGGUGACUUUGAAGAGAUCAAUUGGACUGAAGAGAAGGAGUAUGAGUUUGAUGGCUUUGAAGAAGUGGCCCUGCCUGAUGUGGAAGAGGAAGAGGAACCUCCCAAGAUACCCACAGCCUCCAAGAACAAAAGAAGAAAAGAAAUUGGGGUCCAAAAUCACGAUAAGGAGGCUGAGUGGCCAGAUGGGGCCAAGGACUGUGCCUGUGCCUGCCAUGAAGGAGGUGAUUCCAAACUGAAGAAGAGCAAAAGGAGAAAUUGUAGCCACUGCAGCAGCAAGGUCUGCGACAGCAAAUCCUACAAGAGCAAGGAGCCGCAUGAGUUGGUGGGCGGCAGCCCCCACCGAGAGGCCAGUCCUAUGCCCGGUGCUAAGGAAGCCGGGCAGGGCAAGGACGUGAUGGAGGAAGAAGCCCCAGAGGAGCGAGAAAGCACUGAGGCCACCCAGAGCAGGACUGGCAGGAGCACCAGAAAGGGAGAGACACCUAUUCCAGGCUUGGCAGCGGGGAGCACUUUGCUGUCCCCUCAAGAAGUGACUCUCACAGACCGGCUUCCCGUGGAUGGCCCACCACCCUGCUCCCCAGAAACUCCUCAGCUUCCCUCCAAUGCCGGAACUGUGCUGGGCACUGUUAGGAAUAACCAGGCUGGGCCUGAGGUUCUCCCCUGCCCCAGGGCAUCUCCCAGACUUCAGAAUGAGGUUGAGGGCCAUCAGGCAGGGGGUGAAUCAGAGGUUCCCAUGCUGGGCUGGGAUGCUUCCGAAGCUGAGAAGGUGCCUGAAACUGUUGAGCCCCCUGCUUCCUUCCCAAGUCCUGUUUCCUCAAGGACCAAAGACUUAGGGAGAAGACAGGUGUCUGGGAAACCAGAUACUCAGGAGAGCUGGCUGCCUUCAAGCAGAGCUGGGGUGAAGACAGCAGACAGGGUGUCCCCUGUCCAUGAACCUUCUUCAUCAGGAAUUGAAACCUCAGAGACUUCUCCCAAAGCCUCUAGAGGAGGUUUGGCUAAACCCAGUGGGAUACAGGGCAAGGGUCCAGUGGGGGAGCAGCAGCCAAAGGCCACAGAAGCUACAGUGUGUGCCAACAACAGCAAGGUCAGCUCCACGGGGGAGAAGGUGGUCUUAUGGACCAGGGAAGCUGACCGGGUGAUUCUGACCAUGUGCCAGGAGCAAGGAGCACAGCCACAGACUUUUAGCAUCAUCUCCCAGCAGCUGGGAAAUAAGACCCCUGCUGAGGUUUCCCACCGUUUCCGAGAACUCAUGCAGCUCUUCCACACAGCCUGCGAGGCCAGCUCCGAGGAUGAGGACGACGCGACCAGUACCAGCAACACAGACCAGCUGUCUGACCACGGGGACCUUCUGUCUGAGGAAGAGCUGGAUGAGUGAGACUCCAGAGUGUGAGGAUGUCAUCUGCACGGAGGCAAAACCAGCAGGCGCCCUGAUGGGGGAGAGGGCGGUUGUACUUCGCUUGUACAACUCUUGAGCUCAGUACACGGAGCUGGAGGAGCAGGGGCCGGGGACGAGGACAAGGCAAGCUGGGGACAUCUUUUGUGAAGACCUUAGGAAUCUACUUUACGAAGAGCAUUGUGGGGCUCGGCUUCUUUUCUACUGUUUCUGUUUUUGUCUUUUUGUCUGAUGGUACAUAUUUAUUGUUCUGUGAUCUGAUCACAGUGUUUCUAAAUGUAAUAAAUGUGUAUGUUGGUGUAGCCAGUCCCAAGACACUGAGCUCCUGCAUCCAGCGGUUUUUAUUGUGAACUAGCUCUUUCCUCUUCUUGGAGCUUUAGUCCAUGAGGCUGUCGCCAGCCUGAUAGCACUGGGCCAGGCUGCGCAGCUCCUGCAGCGUCUCCUCUAGGUCAUCCCGUUCCACCCCGGCAUCCAUGAAGCUGGCCCAGCGCCGCAGGUCGAGUCUGGCAAGCUCUUUGGCCAAAUCUCCCAGGGUCUGGUUCAAGGAUGAAGAGGAGCAGAGGGCGCCAAGCACAGGGAUGCUCUCCACUGCUGCGGAGGGAGAGAAACAGGAGCCCUGUGACCGGACUGUUACUCUACCCUGGAACUCUGUCUUACACACAGGGAAGUCUGGGCCUCUGGUAGACUUGAUUGUGUAGGAAACUCAGUAAAUUUUGUGUCCUCUCCCCUCUGUAUGCAGUACUCCAGAGGAAGAACACUUCUCUCAGUAGCUAUACAGUGAAUAAAGGAGUGUUUAACUGGGAA